GGUCUAGACAGUUUAAACAGAGAUCAAACAAUCGUCUUCAGUUCAUUGAUGGUCAGUCAGUCAUACACAGACGUGUUUCAGGAAUAGCAUCGAUUAUUAAUGCAGUUUGAUUAGUCAGAAUGAGAAACAUCCCAGUGAUCUUCCUCUUCUCUUUUACAGCUGUUUCUUCACUGUCAGACCUAUUUUAUCCACACGGCACGGAGAAAGGAGACAAAGUAAAUCCUGUAGCUGAUGAUGUCAGCUCACCUGCUAUUGAGUUAAAGAGUCCAUUCUCUUUCUUUGGACACACAUACUCUCAGAUAUAUGUCAACAACAAUGGAGAUCUAACAUUUAAACUGGAGCUUACUGCCUAUGUGCCUAAGCCAUUUGUGGCUGAUGGUACUACUACUAUUAUUGCUCCACUCUGGACUGACUUGGAUAACAGAAAAGAAGGUGUCAUCUCACACAAUCAGUACUCUGAGGGCAGUGUACUCUUACGGGCCACACAAGACAUAAACCAGUACUUUCCAAAAGUUAACUUCACUGCCUCUUGGGUGUUUGUUGCAACAUGGGAUGGCGUGCCAUACUACAACCAACAAGGCAAGGCAUCAUUUCAAGUGGUUUUGAUUUCCAGAGGGACUCUUUCCUUUAUGUUGAUAAAUUACGGUCCCAUUGAUCCAACAACCCACGAAGUGCAGGCUGGAUAUGUUACCUUCAAACACAGCUUUGAGAUCACGUCAACCAACAGUAAUGUUUCAAAGCUCAGCAGCACAAGCAAUGUGAAUGUCCCUGGGCGCUGGGCCUUCUUGGUAAACCAAGGAAGCAGUUACACCACUACCAGCGAUCUGAAUAUCAAGGUUUCUGAAGCUUGCAAGGCUAAUGCCAGCCAGGAGUGUACAAAAACACUCCUGAGUAAGAUUGACAACAUCACUACUGAAGUGUUAUCAAAGGAAGUUGUGGAGGACAAAUUGAAGUUCCUUACUACUCAACAAAACAGUUUGCUUGUUGGAAAAACAAACCAAGAUGAACUAAUAUCCUCUUUCAAUAAUGUACUGAGAGCCACAGACAAACUGAUGUCUACUUUGGUGAAGAAAGUAGAGACCAUUUCUUCUGUUAGCAUCUCCCUUGAAACUUUAGAGGCUCGAGUUACUGAAGUUGGACCAAGUUGUUCCAUGAUGGAAAUCCCUCAGCUUGACACAUCAGAAAAUAAAAUGGAUAUUGAUCUCAUUGGAAUUUCUAAAAGCGAGAUGAAUCAAGGGCACGCAGCUGUAGCGUUCAUGAGCUACACCAACAUGUCGAAUUCCAGCCUGUUCAGUACAACUAUCAGCACAAUUAAACUUCUAUCCACUGUGGUUUCAGCCACACUCCCCAGAACCAGAAACACAAGCCUCACCAAACCAGUCAACUUCACCCUGAAGCACACUGCAGAGUUUAAUCUCAGUGGUACCCCCUCCUGUGUCUACUGGAAAGAAACUGACUGGGUCACAGACGGCUGUACACUAAUAGAGACCAACAGCACUCAUUCUGUCUGCUCCUGUGAUCACCUGUCAACCUUCGCUCUCAUCAUGCAGACCAAACCAUCUGAGUUACAGAAUGACCAUCGUUUGGACGUGUUCAGCAUGGUGGCUGAGACACUGGGGCUGGUGUUCUUGGUGUUGACUCUAUUGACCUUUGCCCUCUGUCGAAAGAACCCGAGAGUGAUCAACACGGCCCGGAUCCAACUGUGUAUAAGCCUGUUGUUGGCCCACUUCCUCUUCCUGCUCACACAAAUAUUACUGAAGAGCAAAUCUUUACAGCCUCACAAGUUGGCGUGUGCGGUGAUGGCAGGCGUUCUGCACUUCCUCUUCCUCUCUGCUUUUGUGUGGAUGUUCAUUGAGGCACUGAUGCUCUUCAUCGCUGUAAAGAACCUGUCACGUCCCAAAUCAAAGCAGAGGAAUUUUCUUAACUGGAAGCUUUUAACUGUGGUUGGGUACAUGAUCGCACUGUUUGUGGUGGGUGUGUCUGCUGCAGUGGUACCUGAAGGAUAUGGCAGUGAACAAUGCUGGCUUAAGCAGGACAAAGACUUAAAGUGGAGUUUUCUGGGUCCUGUUUCCUUUAUUCUUGCAUCCAAUACAAUUCUCUUCAGUUUGAUUGCUUUCAGCCUGGGAUAUUCUCUGGCUCACCUGAACAGUCAAGUUUCACAAAUAAAACAAACCAGGACUGUUUUCUUUAAAACCAUGGCCCAGUUUAUCAUCCUCGGUUGCCCCUGGGUUCUGGGUUUCUUCACCGCCGACAGUAAGGCUCUGGAGAUUAUUUUUGUGAUCCUCAUCUCUCAGCAGGGCACCUUCAUCUUCAUCGUCCACUGUGUCCUCAGUAAUGAGGUAAAGCAAAAGUACAGAAAGCUGCUGGGUGGUUUUCAGGUUAAUUUCUCUCCAACCAUUAUCACUGAAACCAGCACCACACAAGGAUGAAGUCCUGAUCUACGUGGCAGUCGACACACUGACUAUGACAAUAUUACUGCAGAGUCCAUUAGGAUAAAGGUUUAAGUUCUCCAAUGUAUUUUCUCAAAACAGUCUCACUCUUAUACAAAUAUGAAAAGGUGCAUUUUCUGUGGGAAUGUUAUGCUGUUUUUUAUGUGGUGUUACAACAGAAAAUACAACAUAUUUUAUUUUUAUAUAAUUUACACAUUUAGUUUUUAUCGUAUUGAUUUUGGCAUCGUUUUUCUGUUAGUGACUAAUGGUUGACUUUCCCUGUAUGAAUCCUAAUUUUAUACAUAUCCUGUAAGGCACAGUUUUGUUAUCAAUGUUCAGAAAAAAGUUGUGAGAAUGUGUUGAAUUGAACUAGAAAAUGAUUAUUAUAAAUGAUUUUUUUACCUGUAUUGUAUUGAAAAUAAUAGACCAGCAUAUUAUUCUGUGUUUUAACUAGCAUUAUCAGAAUCAGAAUGCUUUAUUGAUCACAGAGGGAAAUUGCAGUUGUUACAGUUGCAGCCAUUUAUGUAAAAGAAUAAACAUGUUAAUAAUUUAAAACAAAGAUGACGAGAAACUAGAAAGUUUAAGUAGCAUUGGUGGAUGUAAUGUAGUGCUUGAUUAAGGUUUGCCAAAGUAA